AUGUUGACAUUUAUAAAAGCCGUUGACCAAAUGAGUCGUGUACCCAAACCUCGUAACAUCCUCUCCUUAAACGCUGAAGAAAAACGUAGAUUUUUGGAUUCUUUCGAUUUUGUAUUUUCGGAUAUUGAUGGUGUGGUUUGGAAUGCAACGGGUAACAUCGAAGGCAGUGGGGAUGGCUUUAAUGCUUUGUGUGAGGCUGGCAAAAAAUUAAUCUUCAUUACAAAUAACAGUGCUCGCCCCGAGGAUGUGUGUUUGGAGAAACUGAGAAUGAAUAAAAUUAAAAUAGAAGCGAAUGACCUAAUCCAUCCAUCCAAAAGUAUUGCAGAGUAUCUGAAAAGUAUUAAUUUUGAUAGCGCGAUAUAUGCCAUUACAAGUGAAUCUUUUAAAAAUUCACUGCGGGCUCAGGGUUUCAACGUUAUGGAUGGGCCUCAUAAAGUUAUUGACGAAUCAUUUCGUGAUCUUAUGGCCGAUGUCAUUAAUUGUGAUCCGGUCAAGGCGGUUGUCAUCGAUUUUGAUUUCAACGUAAAUAUGACAACAAUGAUGAAGGCUCACUAUUAUUUACGUCAACCCGAUUGUUUGUUGAUUGGUGGCGCCACAGAUUACUACUUACCUGUAACCAAAGAUUUGUGGCUUUUAGGACCCGUUGGUUUUCUUAAAGUUUUAGAAGAAGCCAGCCGCAAGGAGGUGUUACUUUUUGGUAAACCUGGCAAAGCAUUGGCCGAUAGAAUUCUGACACGUUAUGAUAUUGAGGAUCCAAGUCGUGCCCUAAUGAUUGGUGAUAUGUUGGAUCAGGAUGUACGUUUUGGUAAACGUUGCGGCUUCCAGACUCUGAUAGUUCUAAGUGGUGGCCUGAAACUUGAAGAGCUUAUGUGUCAAACAAAUCCAAAUGUUAUACCAAAUUAUUAUGCCAAUAGUAUGAAAGAUUUUGUCGAAUUUAUGAAGGACGUGAAAAAUUCGAAUGCUUAA